AUGAGUGUUAGACUUGAGUCUCCUGUGAAUCCUUGUAGUAAAGAAAGUAUUAAUCAAAUUUUUGACAAUAUGCCUGCUAUUACUAGUUAUCCUUUAAGUAAUGCCGUCAGAAGCCCCAACAGUACUCAAUAUCCAUUGGUACAGGGUCUCUGUGGUGUUCCUGAUGUACCCCAUGCCGCCAACGUGUUGCUAUUAAAUGCAGAGGGCAGCGGUGUGGGGAAAUUUAAAGAGCCCCCUGUGACUGGAACAGUCUCAGUGAAGUGGGAUGAAGUGACAAAAGAUUCAUUGGAUGGAGCAGUUGUAUUAACUUUCAACUUCCAUCUUACGGAUUCAAAAGUAUCAGUAUGGAACUCUGUGCUGUGGAAGCGACGCUUGUACAUCCAGGUGCCAGAAGGUGGAAUGUGUGAUGGGUCUAAAGAAUCAUUUUUAACUCUUCUUGAAUUUGCUGAAGAUGAAUUACAGUGUUCACAUGUUAUUGUAUGCUUUAAUAAGAACAGACCUGAUAAAGCUGCAUUGAUCAGAACCUUCAUGUUCCUUGGCUUUUCCAUGCUAGCACCAGGCCACAAGCUUGCUCCUAGUAAUGCAAGUGAAGAUACCUUGUGCAUGAUCUACAUCAUUGAAGAUUAAGCAGUCACUUUGUUUCCAUUUCACUGGAAUGUUUGAAUGUCAUCUGUCGUGACUCUACUCGAACUUUAAAAACCUCUUAACUAGGGGGCUCUUGAAUUUUCCCAUACUUAACUUUCCAAACAACUUUGGCUUCUUCAUUUUUCUUUCUUCAAUCUCUGCAUUGUUGGCGGCUUCAUUUCAACAGUAAAGAAUUGGAACUAUUUCUAUAAAAACUUAUUCCUGCAAAUUUUAUUUUUGUAAUUGACGCAGCCUUUAAGAUCAAAUCGAUUUAAACUUUUAAAUGAAUUUCAUUUUUAAGCUUUAUUGUUUUGGGACCAAGUAUUGUUCUCUUUAUAUUCUGUUUACUUUUGAACAAGCCCCUGUUCUUUGGAGAAUUGCGUUCUGUAUUUGUAGUUAAACAUGUUUGUGUAUUUUUUUUUCCUUGUAGGUUUUAAUCUUAACUAUUGUAGUAUUGUUGUUCAUUCCAAGUUUUGCAAGUUUGUCAUGUCACUUACGCUUUGCCUAGUUUUGUUUGUGUUGUGGUAGUUGGGUGUAAUUUUUCUACCCAUUUUAUCUGUACUUAUUUGGAAAAACACUUGUGUAAUAAAGGAAUUCGAAUAAAUA